AAUUGUUACACGCAACCACAAUUGACGCAACCUCAACCACUUCCAACUGCCAAAAAGUGUUCAAUUUUGCAUUAAAUCUAUUUUUAAAUGGUGUAUAAACGCAAAAAGUACCAUUAUGGCGAUACGCACUUGAAGAAAAAGUGGCGUACGAAGCGAAGAACCAAAGAUUUGGAUCAGAUCGAUGAGGACAUCAAGCCCGAAAAUGCCGAAAAGUUGGUGAACCAAGAAGUAGACUACGAUAAGCCGGGCAGUGCCCAGUUUUAUUGCGUCCAUUGUGCGCGUUAUUUUAUUGAUGACCACGCUCUGCACGAACACUUCAGAACCAAAGUCCACAAACGCAGACUGAAAGCCCUGGAGUUGGAGCCCUACACCAUAGAAGAAUCCGAGAGAGCUGCCGGUUUUGGUAACUGGAAAGCACCGGAGAAACGCAAAAUUGAAACAAUUGACCCGGAAGCUGUCUCAGAAAGCAAGAAAAUGAAAAUUGCAUAACAUGGCAAGACUUGUGCAAGUGUUUACAAAAACUGUGCGCCGGUUUUCGUCGGCUUUGUACGUAACAGGUGAUAAAGCGCAACAUCAUUUUGUUGUUCUCACGCCUUUUGUUGAUUUUGACGAAAUACUAAAAAACAAAAAUGAUUUAAUUAAAAGUAUAGAAGCGCGUAAG